AUGGAAAUUGAUGGUAAUACAUUAAUAUUCAUCAUUCUGAUAUUAUUCUUAUUUUUCUCAUCACCUGGAGGUAAUGGUGUCACAUCACAGUAUGAAUUUAACCAAAUUCACCUUUUUACACAACAAUUAGAAACAGAAUAUUCAGCAUUCCAAAAUUUAACAUAUAACUCAAACUUUAAAAACAUUACAGGAUUAAAGCUAAGUUAUAAUGAUGUAAUGGAAAACCCAUUAAUUAACGCCACUUACCCAAUAGAUUCAAAGAAUUACGAACAGUGGUACAAUAAUGAAAAUUAUUUGAUUAUGCCUGAUGAAAUAAUACAAACAAUUGGUGACAGUGUCUGGAACCUUACAAACGACGAACAAAAAAAUAUUUUCCCACCUAUAAUCACUAGUACAUUAUUGGGUUCUAUAAAUUUGGAUUCAAAUAAUAAAUAUAGUAAAAUAAGAAUGCCCUUGGCGAAUUUCUAUGAACCAGCGAGAGAUUUUUCAGAUAACGUCCCCCCUAUGGGAGAAACCUAUAUUGAUGAUUGGGAAGAUUAUGGUGAAAUCCAUAACGUUACGUUUACAAAAGGAGAGAUGAAAGUCCAGUUUACACAUGUGGAUAAAGUUCAUACAAGUCUACAGUCAAAGAAAAAGAAAUAUUUCAAUACUCAAGAUGAAAAUUGGAAAUUGUUGAAUGUUAAAGUUGAUUUCACUGAUAAGAAUGAAAAUGAAAAGCACUCGAUAAAUACCUUAGGGAUCUACGAUAUAAGGACCGGUAGAAUCUUAGCCAUGUCAGAAAGUGCCAAAUUCCAUUCUUUGUUUGCUCUUCCACACUAUAUGAGUGUAGGAAACAGUAGAACAGAACAAAAAGAGGUAUUCGAACAAUCCAAAAAAUUAAUCGCUGAAUAUUGGAAUACAUCCAAUUAUAUUGACACUCUUACAAUGGGUUAUCUUAAUACAAUGUAUGAUGAUGCAGUGGAGAAAUGUGAAUUUAUGAUGUUUUUCCAGCUUAAACCUUGGAACCAAUAUAAUAAAGACCAAUUAAAAAUAAUUGACGAUGAACUCAAAUGGCCAUUAGGAAGACCAGCUAAUUUGUCACAUAUCCCUGAUAUUACAGUUACAUCUGCUUUAGUAUAUUCUCCUGACUGUGGGAUUUCAUUGAGUACAAAGAAUAUCCAUGGUGAAAGAUAUGAACUUAAAAUUAGGUCAAUUAGAAUGCACUUAUUAUGUGGUAUAUUCCUAUUCGUAGCACAAAUUUAUCUGCUAUUGCGUCAAAUGCAACACACAAAUACACCAUCUAGCGUAAAUAAAAUAUCCUUCUACACGUUUUGCAUGAUUAACUUGGUAGAUGGUUGUUUAGCAACCCUUUAUUUUAUAUCUGCUACAUUGGUCCCUGAAUUGUACCUACCAUUGGUGAUUAGUGCUUUUGCGUCUUUCAUUUUAGCGUCAAUCUUCGAAACAAGAUAUUUGAUUUCUGUCUAUGCAUCUCAAGUUAAUGAAAGAAAUGUUGGGAUAGUAACUUUAUUAACAGGUCAUACGGAAGAUCCUGAAACUUCUAAUCAGAGACCAGUUGUUAUUCCCGAUGAAGCAUCCAUCAGUAGUUCUCUAUAUGGAAGGUUUGCAAUCACAUUGAUUACAUUUACAUUUUUGAUUCUAAAUUCCAUGUCAUGGCCAAGACAUUUUAGAAUAAUGUUUGAAUAUUCUGCAAUUUUCAUUCUAAACUCAUAUUGGUGGCCACAGGUCUUUAGAAAUGCAAUCAAGGGUAUUCCAUCCAGAAGAGAAAGAGAAAGGAUUGAAAAUUUGGCUAAUAGAAGACAAAAUAAAAUGCCUUUGUUAUGGAAGUUUAUUAUUGGUACUACCUUUAUUAGAACAUUACCAAUCGUAUAUUUUUUCACAUAUUCUUCCAAUAUUUUCAGGCAUCACAAAGAUACAAGGUUUGUAGUAAUUCUUUCCUUAUGGUUAUUAUUCCAAAUAGCUGUUUUAUAUUCUCAAGAUAUUUUGGGAGCACGUUGGUUCCUAUCGCAACAUACUAUUCCAGAGGGAUAUACAUAUUUCAAGCCAGUUUCCUUAGCAUUAUUGAAGGAGCAUGAUGAUGUCAAUGAUACAAUAGAUACUGGAAAUAAGGCUAUAUCUAAUGAAAAUCACCCAAGUAACAUAACUACUACGGUUGAUUGUGCUAUAUGUAUGUCGGAGGUACCUGUAUACGUGGAAGAGUUACCUGAGACACACGGAGUUGAUAUCCAUGAUUACAUGGUCACACCUUGUAAUCACAUAUUCCACACAUUAUGUCUUGAAAAUUGGAUGAGUUACAAAUUACAAUGUCCAGUAUGUAGAGCACCACUUCCUCCAUGUUAG